AUGGAGACCACGUCGACGACAGUUGACUUUGAUAACAUCAUCAACUUUCGCGACGUAGGCGAGACCAUCAAUGCCUUUCUCGCCAAGAAGUUUGUGAAGGAGGGGCUAUUAUUCCGCUCCGCACGCCCAGAUGAUGCCUCGCUACGCGACAGGAAGACCCUGCGAGAGGACCUCGGCAUCCGUACAGUCAUGGAUCUCAGGACCAAAACGGAACAUGACAAACAGGCCAAAAAGCGCCAGGCUGCCCUGGCUGGUACAGGUCCGACGCUUCUGAGAUCCAACGAUGCGCUAGCUGAGCCACUCAAAAUCCCCGGGCUCCAGUACCGCGAGGUCCGCAUUACCGGCCGCGCCUUUGAGCGCCACCUGCUGAGCCAGCUGACCUGGCUAAGCUGGUUCAAAGUAAUCAUCCUGUUCAUCCUGGGCUUCCGCAUAGAGGCGGUAGCUAUCCUCGGCCGCGAGGUUAUGAACCCGCGUGGCCUAUCCGGCCUGGCCAUCGACACGCUCGACAACUCUGGGGCCGAGGUCGCUGAGGCGCUGCGCUGCCUUGUGGAACCCGCUGGCCUCCCAGUCCUGGUCCACUGCACGCAGGGAAAGGACCGGACCGGCAUCGUCGUCGUUCUCGUCCUCAUGAUCCUAGGCGUGCCGCUUGCCGCCAUCGAGCACGAUUACAGGCUCUCGGACGAGGGGCUAGUGUCGGAGAAGGACGAGCGCAUGGUCGAAAUCCGCGAGAUAGGGCUCAGCGAAGAUUGGGCCGUCGUCGCACCGGAUAUGAUAUCGGCUGUGGCUGACCACCUCGAGUCCCGGUAUGGCGGGCUUGAGUCUUAUUUGGACCGGAUUGGGUUCAGCAACGACGAACGGGCAAGGCUCACAGAGCUUCUGGCAUAUUGA